AUGAAGUAUCUUGGUCAGAAUAGAUAUGGAGAACUCUUGGAUUUGCUGUACGAAGGAGCAACCACACUCCUCACUCACAAUCAGCAACACAGUGGGACUGACCUUUCAGUCCUCUUCAUUGAGGUCUUGGAGAAGUCUCAACAGGGAGUUUCAGAGGAGAUACUUAUGAAGCUGGGAAGGUGA